AUGAUGUCUUACAACAGAGCAGUUAGAGUGUUUACAGAUUUAAAAAGCCAGGGUACAUUUCCUCGUGAAUUUACGACAGAAGAGAAGUAUGUCGGCGUGGAUUCACGUCAAAAUGAUGCUGUCUCUAUAGGUGCCGGUGAUCGACACAUUGUCGUGACAGGAGUUGGUGAGCUGACCUUGCAGCCUGAUCGGUUUUCGCUAACUAUCACGUGUAAAUCGUCCAAAGAAAAUGUUCAGGAUGCCAAAAAUAGCGUGAGGAGACGCUUGGACUAUAUUGUCCAGACUCUGAAGAAUUAUUCUUUAACCGAAAGUGACUAUAGAAUUUACCAGCACGUGCAACACUCAGAGUCCAUGGUGAACGUGAGCUGUGAGAUUGAAGCCCAUUUUACAGAUCUGAACAAGUGUCAGAGUGUUUCUAAUUUACUAGCAGAAAAGCUGGGACCUGGUGUGACUGUUUCACUGCCAGGUUGUUAUCAUGCCAGAGGAAGCCUAGACAAGCUCAGAAGGCAGAUUGGGAUGUUAGCAAUCCACAAUGCCAGACAAAAAGCUCUGGAAAUGGCAAACAUCCUUCACCUGGCUGUUGGGCCUGCUCAUCAGGUUCAAGAAAUAGAAGCAACAGAAACUCAAGGAAUCAGUGACCACAGUCCUGAAGAACCAGAUCUGAACCCAAGCAUCCAGCAGAGAAUAGCAGAUAGCACAGUUUCUGCAUUUAGCAAAGUUUCUGUGUGUUUUAUGCUGAAGCCAAAAUCCAAGAAAUCAACCAAAAUGUCUAUGUGA